UUGAAUGUGAUAAAAUGACCAUUUUCCUCGAAGAUUUUAAAAAAUAUAAGUUGGGAUCUAACGUUUUGAAAAUAAUUUAUCCGUACUAUUAUGAUUAUGUAUUAAUUUGUUAGACGUAACCAGUAAUUUAUCUAUGAAUAUAAUGAAACAUUUAAACCAUAUGCCAUACGUCUAUUAUAACACGUAACCUAAAAACAUUAUAAAUUGAAAUAUUUCUUCACACAUUCGCAGUUGAAUUGUAUGAAAUGUAUAUUAUUUAAAAUAAAUGUAUACUGGUUUGUGAUGUAUCUCCAAUUUACCAGGCUUCAUCUUAUUUUAGAGAAAACUAACAAUAUUUCAAAAUGACUGAAUCUGAUUUGACUUCUGUGUGGGAUGUUGAUAUUGGACUAUUAAUUAAGAUGGUUAAAAAUUUUCCUUAUCUUUAUAACCAAAAUUAUGAGGAAUUUAAAAAUGUAGAAUUGAGAGAACGAACAUGGGCGAAAAUUUCAACAAACCUCAAAAUUUCUAUCAGUGAUUGUCAAAGACUUUGGAAAAAUUUAAGAGACAAAUAUAGUCGAGAGAGAAGGUCACUCAAUGGACAAGGAAGUUCCGCCUGGGAAUUUUAUGAAUCAAUGAAAUUUCUCGAUGGUUUCGUACGUCGUAGAAGAAGGGCGAAGAAAUCUCAAAAUAGAAAUUUGAUUAACAAUUCAAGUACCAAGAAUGAGAUUAAAAAGGAAGAUAAUAAUUCAGCUACCGAGAUUCAAGUAUGGGACGAAGAGACUGUCGAUUCGAGCAUUUCCCCAGAAAAUUUACAAUUUUUAGAGGAUGAAAAUUAUGAUAACGGAGAGGCGGAAAUUACGUUAGAUCUGAUUGAUAAUUUACCAGUGAAAGAGGUUAACGAACAAGAGAAUUCGGUUAAUAUUGUAAGAUAUCGAACAUCCGAAGAGGCUUUUGGUGCUUACGUGGCCUCUAGACUUUUAGAUUUUCCUUUAGAUGAUCGACAAGCGAAGAAAGUCAAAAUAUUCAAAGUUUUGGAAGAUCUAGAUCAUAUUUUGUAGCUCUGAUUAUUAUUUUAUAUAUAUAUGUAUAUGUUUUGUUAUAGAACUCGCACGUAAAUUUUGUAUAAAUGUUAAAAAAAUAAUUUUU